UUUCACUUUUUGAUCGAGGUGCACUCCCAUAGUUAAAUCAUAACAGAUUUUUUUUAUUUGUCUGACCAAUGAAAAUUGGCUGUACACCAAAGUGAGAAAACCCGAACCUCACAGUGGGAAAAAAAAUUCAUCCAAAUAUGAAAACUAAGUGGUUGUUAGAGAGAGAGUAUUGUAUUUCUUUCAUAUUCAAUCGAUUAAUUAAUUAAUUAAUAUAUAUACAUGAUGGCUUCUCGUGCUUUCACCCGUUCCUUGGCUACUGCCAGUAAGAGUGUUAAACCUCCAAUUCAAUUGUUUGGACUUGAUGGUACUUAUGCUAAUGCUUUAUAUUCAGCAUCAGUUCAAGAUUCAUCAGUUGAUACUUCAUAUCAAGCUUUAUCAAAGAUUCAAAAUUUAAUUGAAACUGAUCCAAAAGUUAAGGAAUAUUUAACUAAUCCUGCUUUAAAUAAACAAGAUAGAGCCACUGUUAUUUCAACUAUUAGUUCAAGUUUAAAAUUAGAUAAAACUACUACCAACUUUUUAAAUGUUUUAUCUCAAAACAAUAGAUUAGGUAACUUAAAAUCAAUUUAUGAAAAAUUCUCAUUAUUAAAUGAUGCUCAUAAUGGUAUUAUUGAAGCUAAAGUUACUUCUGCUAAACCAUUAGAUUCAAAGAUUUUAAAGAGAUUACAAACUGCCAUUUCUAAAUCUGAAUUUGUUGGUCAAGGUAAAACUUUAAAAUUAACUAACCCAGUUAAUCCAGAAAUCUUAGGUGGUUUAGUAGUCGAAGUUGGUGAUAAAACUGUUGAUUUAUCUAUACAAGCUAAGGUUGCUAAAUUAAACCAAUCUUUAAAGGAAGCCUUAUAAGUUGAUUGAUUCCAGAUUUAAUGACAUCUAAAGAAAUAUUAAUUAAAGUACAUGAAGCCUAUCGUAUCCAUCAACCAUGCAUAUCACUAAAAGGUUAUCAAUUGAUUUCAAGUGAUUUCAAUUGAUUCUUUUACAAACAAUCAUCAUUAAAUUAAUGAAACUACAUAAUUACCCAUAUUUAUAUAUAUUUUUGUAUGGUAAUUAAUUGGUCUUAUUCUAUUUAUAAUAGUCCCACCCCUCCCAUUCUUUUCUU